AUGUUUGGUAAAGAUACUCAGAUUUCAUGGCAGUUCAGUGGCAUCGGGAAGCUACGUGUAACAUGGUUCUUCAAUGAUCAACCACUUCCAACUGACAAUCGCUUGCAAGUAACGGAGACUGAUGAUGGAACAUCGAUACUAACAAUUCGUCAAGUUGAACUUGGCGAUCAAGGUGUCUAUACUACUAGAGCAACCAAUGCUUUUGGUGUAGUUGAAGCUCAGACAACAUUAAAGAUUGAUUGCAUCAAACCUGUCAUCAACGCUAAUCUCAAUAGUGCACUGGAAGUCACAAAAGGUGAAACCAUGGCACUAAAAAUCGUCGCCAGUGGAACACCAAAGCCUGACAUUGUCUGGAUGAAAGACGACAAUGAACUUACACCAAAUGAUCGCAUUCAAGUGACAAUACCGAAUGGUAACGAUGACAAAUACACAAUGGCUAUCUUGAAUGCACAACCAGGAGAUCAAGGUGAAUAUUCAGCCAAGAUUUCCAAUGUUGGUGGAUCACUUCAAUCCAAUAAGUGCAAAGUCACUGUUUCGAAAUCACCAGUGUUUAUUGUCAAGCUGACAACACAAAAAGUGAAGCAAGGUACAACAGCAGUAUUCGUGACGAAGAUUGAUGGAUACCCAACACCGACUAUAACAUGGCUUCUUAAUGGAAAACCAUUGACAACGAAAGAAGGUGUUCACGUGCAGUUCGAUGCUACCACUGAUGAAGCCAAGUUGUCCAUUCCGAACAUCGAUCUACAACAACACGCAGGUUCGAUUACAUGUCGUCUCGAGAAUCCAUAUGGCUGUCAAGAAGAAACUGUUCAACUUGCUGUUCUUGCUGCACCAAUAAUCACCACACAGUUGCCCAAAGAACAAGAAAUUAUGAGCGGACUAGGUGUCACAUUGAAAGUGGUUGUUCGAGGAUCACCACAACCGUCUGCUCAAUGGUUCUUUAAUGAUAAAUCCAUUGCACCAGAGAAUACAUUAGUAGACGAAGCGAAGAAUGAAUACCGGCUGUUGAUCAAACAGGCAACAGUGGCACAGUGCGAAGGAACCUAUCAAGUCGUAGUGAAGAACGAAGUUGAUGAAGUACAGUCGACUCCAUGUGCACUUACAGUACUGGAGUCAGUGAAAUUGUCAAAAGUGAGACCAACAUCGGAUGUAGUCGGCUUGAAAAUUGGUGAAACAUUCGAAAUUACCGUGGAUGUGAGUGGUAAGGAAACACCGACAGUUCAGCUGACAAAAGAUGGAGAAACAGUGCAGUUUACAAGUGUAAAACAAGCGCGAUACACAUUCUCAGUGCCUAGUGUAAAGCUAGAACAUGAAGGCGUGUAUACAGUGAUUGGAAAGAAUAAAACGUCAACUAAAUGGAUGAAUGUCACCCUCAAUGUUACUGGUGCUCCGACAAUGACUGGUGCUGGCAUAACAGAAGCAAACAAAGCGACACACGUCAGUCAGGUUCAAAACGAUCGAGCUGCAGCAGCCGCCAGCGCCGUAAACACUGAAUUCUUCCCCACCAACAAGAAGGUUAGACGAUAA